UGCAACAGUUCAAAAACACUCGGGAGAGAGCAACAAGGUGGCUGGGAGAUACUUCCCUUCUGUACUUUCUGAGUUUUGGACUAUGCAAAGGUAUCAUCGUUUCAAAAACUGAACAAAAGAUUAUUUUUCCCCUUCCUAUCUGUGCUUUCAACCCCAGCAAGAAAAUGGGCUUAGAGAAUCGGAUAGACCUGGGUGUUCAAAUCCCAGCUCUGCCUAAGUGAUGUUAGGCAAGCAUUUAACCUCAAAUACUCCAUGUUUUUUCAUCUACGCAAUAGAGGGAAUCGUAGUAACUGUCUCCUUUGGUGGUUGUGAGGAUUAAAGGGAAUUGCUAGCAUGGUGCCUGGUGAAGCACUCCAUAAAGGUUCAGACAGUGGUAGUAAUAACAGUAAUAACAAUAGCAAUAUUAUGUGAUCUCUCUGGGUCUCUGUUAGCCAGCUAUAAAUUCGAUCUCUUUCCCUGUCCCUUCCAACUUUACUGAGUUCUUUUAAAAACCAGACCAUGGGCUUGGAAAUGCCUCUAUGUUUACUGACUGAGUUGUAUACUGAGUCUAGCCCUAGCUCUUUUAAGGGGCACUGUGUGGAAUGGCCCAGGCUCCCCAGAUUGAAACUUCUCACUCUUCACCAUCCAGUCCUCGAGCCACAGGAAAGCACGUAUGGAGUGGAAGUUAGAGUGGUCCACACGGGAGCAGGCACUUCUGAAAGCACAGCUGACCCAGUUGAAGGAGUCGCUAAAAGAAGCCCAUCUAGAGAGAGAUGAAUAUGUUCAACAUCUAAAAGGAGAGAGGGCCCGGUGGCAGCAGAGGAUGAAGAAAAUGUCACAGGAGGUUUACACCUUGAAGAAGGAGAAGAAGGAUGACAUGCGUCGGGUGGAGAAGCUGGAGAGGAGCUUGUCCAAACUCAAGAACCGGAUGGCUAAACCCCUGUCCCUGGACCCCCCAGCUGUGCCCCCCGAGGAGGAGCUGCAGCACCUGAGGAAGGAACUAGAGAGGGUGUCAGCAGAGCUCCAGGCCCACGUGGAAAACCAUCAACACGAGCACCUGGAGGCUGCCAGGCAGCAGAAGCAGCAGCUGCAGGACCAACUGAGCCUCAUGGCUCUCCCUGGGGAAGGAGAUGGAGGACAUCUGGACAGUGAGGAGGAGGAGGGACCUCGGCCCAUGCCGAGCGUCCCAGAGGACCUGGAGAGCUGGGAGGCCAUGGUGAGCCUGACUCCCCCCGCACCCAUUUUACCACCUUCCUCUGUGGUCCCAGCCCCAGGGACUGGGGGCGAGUCUGUGAUCGGGGAACCCCAGCGGGGCCUGCGGGAAGUCAUGGAGAAGCUGGAGAGCGGCCUUAUGGACCUCCUGGAGGAGCAGACAGACCUGAGGGAGCGUGUGGAGAAACUAGAAGUUCAGUUCAUCCAGUACUGGAGGGAGAGAUGUCAUCAGAAAAUUCGUCACCUUAUAAAUGAGCCAGGAGGCAGUGCCAAAGAUGCAGCACGGGGAGGACAUCAUCAGGCUGGCCCAGGACAGGGAGGAGAUGAAGGUGAAGGUGCUGGCGCUGCAGGAGAUGAUGUUGCGUCUUAUGCUGACCAGAACAACGAGCACAGCAAACUCCUGACCUCUUCCCAGAACCCUGUUGAGGAGCCCGGUCCAGGAGCCCCAGCCCCCCAGGAGACUGGGGAUGCCCACAAGCAUGGUGAUCUUUGUGACAUGAGCCUCACCGACAGCCAGGAGCCAGCUCACGAGGCCACGGAGGGGUCUCCCCACAACAACCCUGCUGCACAGACCAUCGCGCAGGAGCACCAGGAGCACCCAGGCUUGGGCAGCAGCCGCUCUGUGCCGUUCUGUUGCUGGGCUUGGCUGCCGAGAAGGAGGAGAUAAACAUCACCGUCAUCAAAGAGCUGCUCAAGACCUUUUUAAAAAAGAAAGUUACGGGGUUAAUCUCCUACACAAUUCAUUUCCUUCAUUUGAAUGAUUAUUUGUGUUUCUAAUUUAUAGUUUAUUUGUAAAAAGUUAAAAAAGUGGGUCUCUGUGCCUUUCACUGAGGUUCACUCUGGCAUCCUUUAGCAUUUUUCUGUUUUAAUUUCAUAAUUGUAGGUCAUUAGCAUGUAUAUUGAGUUUGCCGUUACGUGGUGGGAGUUCAAACACACAAAGACCCACUGUUUGCACAAAACUAUUCUCGCUGGUUUGGAAUAGGCUGCCUUGCUUUUUCAAUGUUAUUGCAGCAUCUAUGUUCAUUACAGAAUUCAGAUAAAAUUUGCUUAUGUUCUGCUAUUGUUUGAUGUAAUCUUAAUCACAGUGAGCUCUUCAUUAGCUCAAUAUGUGGUUUACCUGCAAGUGUCACUGUUGAUUACUUUGUAAUAUGCCACCGUGAGUGUCUGGAUGGAGGGAGGAGGGAAACAAAGAACAAAAGGGACUAAGAUGGCGUAUUUCCGGGUUCUUCAUCACCAACUUUCCUGCUCCCGGGGAAGACACAGGUCAACUGCGCAGGCGCAACCUGAUGUCCGACCAAGGAAACCGAAACCUACCUGGCCGCGGCUACCACACGCCCCGACCCGCCCAUGUCCGGCCUUCUGCCCGCCCACUGCCAGGCCCAAGACAUAAAGCCGCUCCGGGGAGACAGGCAGUGGGAACUUACUAGGCCUCUCCUCAUAUGCGGACCCUGGAACUUCUCCCCAGAACGCCGGAGACCGGUGCACUUUGCCCUUUCUUCUUUCACGUUGGCUAGCUAAUAAAGUUUCUUUUUACUUUGC